CCGAGGCUCGUCUCGUUAUCGGAAGUCGCGGCCCGAUCGCGCGCCUCUCCAAGUCGCCAGCGAGCUCGGCCCGUCACGAGUAUUCGUCGGUCGUCCGCGGCACCGACACCUCCGGACCGCCAAGCCGCCAAGCGGGGACCCAAAUUCAGGAUGGGGGCGAUGUUCCGGUCGGAGGAGAUGGCCUUGUGCCAGCUCUUCAUCCAACCCGAGGCCGCGUACUCGUCCGUGUCCACCCUGGGCGAGAUGGGCAUCGCCCAGUUCCGCGACAUGAACCCGCGCGUGAACCCCUUCAUGCGCAAGUUCGUGAGCGAGGUGCGGCGCUGCGACGAGCUGGAGCGCAAGCUGCGCUUCAUCGAGGAGGAGCUCAAGAAGGACGACGUCAAGGUGCCGGAGCCCGUGCAGCAGCCCAACGCGCCCAACCCCAGGGAGAUCAUCGACCUGGAGGCCCACUUGGAGAAGACGGAGACCGAGAUGCUGGAGCUGAGCCAGAACGGAGUCAACCUGCGGUCCAACUUCAAGGAGCUCAAGGAGAUGACCUACGUCCUGGAGAAGGCGCAGACCUUCAUGGACGAGGGAUGUGAUCUGUUCACAGCAGCGACGCCAUUUGUGUUUCAGCAAGAGGAGUCCGACUCCAACCGAGCGCUCAUUGGCGCCGACGAGCGCGGCCGCCUGGGGUUCAUCGCGGGAGUGAUCCCCAGGGAGAAGGUGAACGGCUUCGAGCGCAUGCUGUGGCGCGUGUCUAGGGGCAACGUGUUCCUGCGGCAGGCCGAGAUUGACCAGCCCCUGGAGGACCCGGCCACGGGCCAGCAGAUCCGCAAGAACGCCUUCGUGGCGUUCUUCCAGGGCGAGCAGCUCAAGUCGCGCCUCAAGAAGAUCUGCACCGGCUACCACGCGUCCCUGUACACGUGCCCGUCCUCGCUGUCAGAGAGGGAGGCCGUCAUCAAGGAGCUGCGCGUGCGCGUCGAGGACCUCAACGUGGUGCUGAGCCAGACCAUGGACCACCGGCAGCGCGUCCUGGCCGCCGUGGCCAAGCAGGUCCGCACCUGGGCCGUCAUGGUGCGCAAGAUGAAGGCCAUCUACCACACCCUCAACAUGUUCAACAUGGACGUCACCAACAAGUGCCUCAUCGGCGAGUGCUGGGUUCCGCGCUCCGAGCUCAACCGCGUGCGCGGCGCCCUGGAGGCCGGGGGCAAAUCCGUGGGCAGCACCAUCGACUCGUUCGUCAACAUCCUCAUAACGAACGACACCCCGCCCACCUUCAUCCGCACCAACAAGUUCACCCAGGGCUUCCAGACCCUCAUCGACUCGUACGCCGUCGGCGCCUACCGUGAAGUCAACCCAGCCGCCUUCACGGUCAUCACGUUCCCCUUCCUCUUCUCCGUCAUGUUCGGCGACCUGGGCCACGGCAUCAUCGUGGCGCUCUUCGGGGCCUACAUGUGCUUCUUCGAGAAGUCGCUCACGGGCAAGAAGUGGGGAGAGAUCUGGGACAUCUUCUUCGGCGGCCGCUACAUCAUCCUCCUCAUGGGCAUCUUCUCCAUCUACUCCGGCAUCUUGUACAACGACAUCUUCUCGCUGUCCUUCAACAUCUUCGGGUCCGGGUGGCACACCCAGUACAACAUGUCCACCCUCGACAACAACCCCAAGCUGACCCUGAGCGCCGCGGAGGACGGCGUGUACUCCGGGCCGUACUUCAUGGGGCUGGACCCCGCCUGGCAGACGGCUGAGAACAAAAUCAUUUUCCUGAACUCCUUCAAGAUGAAGUUCUCCGUCAUCGUCGCCAUCAUCCACAUGACGUUCGGCAUCUGUCUCAGUGUGUGCAACUUCGUCCACAUGAAGAAUAAGAUGAACAUCUUGCUGGACUUCCUGCCCCAGGUCAUGUUCCUCAUGUUCUUCUUCGGCUACUUGGGCUUCCUGAUCAUCCUCAAGUUCUUCCUCUACGAGUCCAACCUGCAGCGCGACCCCGCCGAGACGGCCGUGUCGUCCAGGUGCGCGCCGUCCGUGCUCAUCAGCUUCAUCAACAUGGUGCUGCUGAGCGAGAACCCGGAGGUGGUGGGCUGCAGCAGCCCCUACCUGUUCGCCGGCCAGCACGGCCUGCAGACCGCCUUCGUGCUCAUCGCGCUGCUCUGCAUCCCCGUGCUGCUGCUGGCCAAGCCGCUGUACAUCUACAUGAAGCGGAGGAAGCCCGCGCUGCGCGCCACCAAGUUUAAAUUUCCCCGUUUUCGGAGACUCACGGAGGAGGAGAUUCCUCUGCUUCAGUCCAACGGGCACGCGACGCAGGCCGGCCCCCGCGCGUCCAGCGGCGACGCCGAGGCCCUGCAGCCCCAGCCGCAGCAGAGCCAGGGCGGCGGCGGACACGGACACGAGGAGGACGAGCCCUUCAGCGAGAUCAUGGUGCACCAGGCCAUCCACACCGUGGAGUACGUGCUGUCCACCGUGUCGCACACCGCCUCCUACCUGCGUCUCUGGGCGCUGUCGCUGGCGCACGCGCAGCUCUCCGACGUGCUGUGGACCAUGAUCUUCAGGAGGGUCAUCAAGAUCGCGACGAGCAUGUCGACGCAGCCGGACAGCAACACCCUGACUCUGGGCAACCUGUACGGCGGCAUCGCGGUGUACAUCGUGUUCACGGUGUGGGUGUUCUUCACCGUGGCCGUGCUUGUGCUCAUGGAGGGCUUGUCCGCCUUCCUCCACACGCUUCGACUCCACUGGGUCGAGUUCAUGAGCAAGUUCUACAUGGGCACAGGAUACGCAUUCGAACCUUUCUCCUUCAAGCGGAUCACUGUUGACAAUGCUGAAUAGAGUCAGUAGUGAAAUGGUGGCCACCCCACUUAAUUUUUCUUCAAUUGCAUAGAAUUCGCUAGAUCAAUUCAAAUGAUUAAUUUAUACUUUUUCCAAUGUGUUGUUUACCAAGGGAAUUGAAAGUAAAACUCAAGUAUUUAAUAUAAGUAGACUUUAUUUUUCUUCUAUGUGUGAAUGAGCAAGUUCUACACCCUUAUAAAAGAGAACAAAGUGUUGUUUCUUAUGGUAAUUCAGUAUUAACUAAAGAGCUUUCAUCAACAAGCACUUAUGUUUCAAUAAAACAAAAUAUACAGCA